AUGUCCCUCCGUUCCAGCGCGCCUGCCGAGUGCGCCCGGUCCACAUCACCGCUUCCCUUGCCUCUCAACGAGGUAGGGCUGGCUAGCAAGAAUGCGCAGCUGCGCGGGACCGGACUCGGCGUCGGGACCGGCUUUCUGUCCGCGUUGGUCGCGCACAAGUCGCUCCGUCUUUCGCCUAAAGCAUCAUUACUAUCAGGCUUGAUUAGUGGCUCUUUCGUUGCUUGGUACGGCUCGCGGCAAUUCAUGGUGAAGAACCUGCGAACCCUCGAGGACCAACUAAGCGACUUGCAAGGAUCGUCCAGCAAGUACGCUCUGUCAACGCCAUCGCCAGCUGCCCUUGCAAGAGAAGGAGAAGCCAUUGGCUUUGAUCUUCGGUCGGGUGCUGAGACGCGCUUCGAGGCCGGCACAGGUGGGAUGCAUGAGUUCACCGACCGUGGGGCGAGCACGCGCGGGGACCAUUGA